CACACACACCCAAGUUAAAAAAAAAAAAUGCAGACACUAGAAAAUCCUGUUAAGGGGAAUCAUGGCAAGCAAUCGUGUAGGGAUUUUUGCCGUUAGAAUCUUGUUUCUUUUUGCUUUUUUUUUGGAUUGAAAAUUGACAUGAAAAUGGAGUUGAGGUAAUGAUGGUGGUAUCGGCCACACUCAACCUCUUGCCUCAUUUGAAGAAACAACAACCCAGGAAGGAAGACCAAAGAAAGAGAUAAAGAUUGUUGCUUUCUUCUUCAAUAGAAAAUUCCAUUCCCUUACUUAUUCAGCAUUUGGUUUCAACUGUUGUAAAGGAUGGGGGAUCAUUUUGUGUUGCUUGUGGAUCGGCUAUUAACUGAAUCCACCCUUGAAGCUGCUAUUGAGGGUAAAAACAAAUCACAGCAAGGCAUGCCCUCAGCAAGCAAAGAUGAUAUAAUUGACUUUUCAUUUCAUACGAUGGAUGAGAAUGUUGGUUCAUCUCCAAGUAAAUUGGUGGAAUGUAGGAUUUGCCACGAUGAGGAUGAAGAUUUGAACAUGGAGAUACCCUGUUCUUGCCGCGGCAGCUUGAAGUAUGCUCACCGCAAAUGUGUUCAGAGGUGGUGCAAUGAAAAGGGCGACAUCAUCUGCGAGAUUUGCCACCAGCAAUAUAAGCCUGGUUAUACAGCACCGCCUCCUUUAUUUCAUUAUGGAGGUGUUCCUAUGAACUUCAGAGGAAAUUGGGAAAUUUCCAGGAGAGACCCAUCAGCUUCUCAUUUUAUAGCAAUGGUUACUACUGAUCGUGAUUUUCUGGAAUCAGACAUUGAUGAUUACUCGGCUCCCAGUUCUCGAAGCCUGAUAUGUUGUCGUGCCAUUGCUAUAAUUUUUAUGGUUCUUCUGGUUUUGCGCCACACUCUUCCAAUCAUAACCAGUGGAGCUGGAGACUAUUCUUUGACAUUGUUCACUUUACUAAUGUUGAGAACCAUCGGGAUUCUGUUGCCUAUAUAUAUCAUGGUCAAGGCAUUCACCGCCAUCCAACGUCGCCGACACCAUCAGGAUCCUCGUUUUUCCCUCGCUGCAUCAGAUGAAGAAAGUGAUUUAUCGCAACUGCAGCAGCCACAGUCACGUUUGAUUCGUGUACAUUAAUCUGACUGUAUGCUGAAUCAUAUGGAAGAACUGAAUAUUUGAUUGUGGCACUAAAGAAAAAACAGAAAACGGCAGGAUAUAUGUAAUUGAUGAUGGUUGAAUAGCUGCUGUUAUCUUUAGCAUGGCAGAAGUGACUUGAUCAAACAUCAAAUCAGCAAGGAUUCAUAUUUCAUCAGAAUGCAGAUUUUACUACUACUGUGUAUAUUUACAAAAGUAUUCAAUAGUAAAUAUAAACAUAGCAUAGAAAGAUUGUUAGGGUCAAGAAAUUCUGUCAUCCUUACUAGGGAUGGAGAAAUGGAGAAUGGUGUCUUGCAACCAACAGCAGAUGGAAAAAAAAUGCCUGCAAAUGUAACUGAAUCUCUCUUAUUCAGUACCCCCCCUCUCUCUUAAUAACUUUCAGACCUAUCAUUAACUUUUUCAAAAAGACAAAAAAAA